AUGUCUUUUCUCUGGUUUCUUAAUCUCGCCCUCAAAUGCCUUGAUCAUUUUGCAUGGCCUCUUCUUGCUUUGGGAUACCCUCUAUGUGCUUCUGUACAAGCCAUUGAGACUGAUUCAUAUGACGAAACUAGGGAUUUGAUCUCAUAUUGGAUACUUCUCUCGCUAAUAUACCUCUUUGAUUAUGCAUUUUUUAGGCUUCUUCAAUGGUUCCAGUUCUGGCCUUACAUUAAGCUAAUGAUCAUCUUCUGGCUCAUUAUGCCUGACUUUGGACGAGCUUCUUAUGUCUACAAUAAACUUAUUCGCACUUGCAUCUCCUUAAAUUCACAAGCAGUCAUACGUAGUUUAAAUAACUGGAAGAAGUUUUUUGUCAAGAAAGAUCACUUUUUACUGCAUGCAGAGAGAUAUGUAGAAGAGAAUGGAACUGAAGCCUUAAUGAAACUCAUUGAGAGCAAGAACACGACUGAAAAACCUGUUGCAGAAGCAACAAAUGCAAGUAGGGUUACUGACCAUAAAGAAACGCAACAGGCAAAUGAGAAAAGGCUCCAAACAGAGCACAAAGCCAUCAAAGAUUUGGAGGUGAUCGAGAAAAAAGAAAUUCCUGCUGGCAAGCAAGAAAUUUCUGUGGUGCCUAAACUUGCGCACAGUGAGAAUGCUUCACCUGCCAUGUUGGAAACUAAAGGAAUAGUGGUGAAGGACAAAGCUGGUCGAGAACUUCCUCAGAUUUCGAUACAUGAGGAAGUGCAGAAGGAGUGGACUUGCGCUUUAUGCCAUGUAACAACAACGAGCGAGAACACCUUGAAUGCGCACCUGAAAGGGAGAAAACACAGGGCUAAGGAGGAAGCUAUGAAGGCAAAGAAUCAACCUGUUUCACAGAAGCUGAAAAAUGAUCAUUCCGAAGAGGAAUGGAGACUGAAGAACAUUAUGAAUCAGCUAAAUUCCAAGACCAGGAAUGGAGAGAAACUGCAAAAGAAAACAUGUCAACCUGCUUGGAAGAAUAAUUCCAAAUUUAGAUGUGAAGUCUGUAAUGUGGAAUGCCCUUGCGAGAUUACCUUAGCCUCUCACAAAAAUGGGAAGAAGCAUUUGGCUAAAACUAUAAAAAUAUACAAGGUUUCUUUAGUUGAAAGGCACAAUGCUUGA